AUGGAUAAUAUGACAAAUUUUGAAACAUACACUCUGAUGGAACCUCUAAAUGCUAAAUCCUACAGGUAUAUUUAUUUCAUGUGCUUUUUCUUUCUUUAUACUCUGAUACUGUUUGUGAACAGUUGGCUUAUCGUUGUUAUUGUCAUAGAAAGACCACUUCAUGAGCCAAUGUACAUUUUCCUGUGUAAUCUGUGUGUAAAUGACAUUUAUGGAUCUUUAGGUUUUUACCCUAAAUUCUUGCAUGAUUUAAUAUUGAAUUCAUAUGUUAUUCCUUCUUACAUGUGUGCUAUUCAGGCUUUUAUUGUUUAUAGUUAUUUAAUGUGUGAAUUUUCUACAUUGGCAGUGAUGGCAUAUGACAGACAUGUGGCCAUUUGUCUACCUUUAGACUAUCAUACAAAGAUGAACAGAUUUUCAUGCAGCAUAUUACUUGUCCUAUGUUGGAUCAUACCAUUUCUCAGUAUGUUUAUUGCUGUCUUCUUAUCAAAUAGAUUGGUACUUUGUAAAAAUCAUAUUGACAAGUUAUAUUGUGACAACUGGUCAAUUGUGAAACUCUCAUGUGGAUCAUCUGUCAUCAAUAACAUUUAUGGAUUUAUUUUUAUUUCUUUAUAUUCUGUACUUGUGAUUGUGAUUAUUGUAUCUUAUCUAAAACUCAUCAUUGCAUGUAAAGCAUCUUUAGAGUGCAGAAGGAAAUUUUUGCAGACAUGUGUUCCUCAUGUCAUUUCAUUGAUAAAUCUCUCUGUAGCAACACUUUUUGAUAACUUUAGUAACAGAUUUGGCUCAGAUGAUGUCCCUGCCAACCUACGAUUUUUUUUAGCUUUAGCGAUGAUUGUAGUGCCACCUAUUUUGAAUCCUGUAAUCUAUGGCUUAAAACUAACAGAGGUUCGCAAAAGAAUCUUAAAAAAAUGCAUGAAUGUAAUAAAAAAUGAACAAGCAUGA